UAGGAAAUAGGUUGUCGUAAUAACAAGUGUGAAAUAUACUUAGUUGGUGGAUCCAAAAGAUUACAGACAAUCUUCUUAUGCAAGACUUAAAUAUGCAUGUUUGUUUUUAUUCCAUUUUCAUACCUUUUGAAAAAAUUCUGAGAGCUGCAGUUUACAUAGGGUUUCUGUUUUAUGUAUAAUUACAGCAGUAACUUUUUUAAUAAAAAACUGUCACUACUCAUAAAUUCUGUUCAGUUUUUAAACUUCCACAUUUUAACAAAAUCUUGGUUUUUAUCCACAUUGAAAAGUUAGGUCCACAAACAGUGAACAGUUAUCAACCUCGUUCUUUUUUAGAUGAAAUUUAGCACAAUACAGCACUAUGCAUAUGAAGUUAUUUUUUUUUCUUUUGUUUGUUCUAUACAUUUUUGACCGGUAUACUGUAAACUGCAUGAGAUGCCGUCAGAAGUACUCAACCAAAUCCAAGGGCAUUGGAAAGAAGAAUAAAACACAAAACAAAAUAUUUUAUUCUAUAAGUGAUCAGGCUUGUAACAAAUCUAAUCAUGAUCAUGUCUCACCACCCAAAAUCACAAACUUGGAUUGGCACAUCGGAGAUCCAAGCACAAAUGGCAGCUUACCACGAAUAUUACUUGACUUGCAAUGGAGACCAACUCAAGAUAUUUCUCUAGAAUAUUUAAAGGGUUUUAAAAUCACAAUAGCCAACCGCAGGCGUUUGUUAGACAAGUCUAUCAAACCUGUGUUUGUAUGCCUGGACACAAAACUUGAUUUUGACAGUCAUGCUUUUGCUUCCUUUAGCUAUAAAUGCUAUGGUAUGACAGAAAACAGUAGGAUUUCUCCCGGGGAUAGAAUUACAGUGAAUAUUGACCCUCUUCCUCCACCUUACCGAAAUACUAAUCACAGAUUUGUAUAUCGGACACUGAAUAUUCCAAGCUGCAAUAAUCCCCAGAUGUAUCAGAUGAAAGAGUGUGUUUUAAAACGGGCAACCACUGUUACAAUUGAUAAAAUUAGCUGUCAUGAUAAAACUAUUGUUUUCAGCUAUAGUUUGCCAGCAGGGUGUGGGGACUCUGCAACACUUCUUCUUUGUAGGCUGCAAGAAAAUUUGGUAGUCAAUUGUUUAGAUAAUCCUGUUAUUCAGCUCUUUAACCAAUCCCUUUCUGCCACAAAGAAGUUUGUGUUACCAACAACAGAACCACCUUCAAUGAACUACACUAUUGUCAUCAACUCCUAUGGUCAGUCAAAUGUACCACACACUCCAAUUCAAACUUUCAAACAAGUUAGUUUUCAAUUGUGCAAAAGUACUGCCAGUGGUGUAGAAAUUGUAGUAGGCCUCACUGUUCUUGCUGUGUUUACUGGACUUGUGUUAGCGGUGAUUAUCUUCUUUUGUUGGAAAAAGCAGUGUCUACCCGGUAAACCAACAAGUUUAAAUUCCUCCAUUACAACUGACAGUUUAUCAAUAAAUGAGCCUCUUAUAAUUUCGGAAUAUUCCAAGAAGGUAUACUUGCUUUUCAUGAGCGAUCACCCACUUCAUGAGCAGGUUGUGUUAGCGUUUGCUAAUUUUCUGCAUGAAGAUCUUGGCUUCAAUGUAAUAUGUGAACUCUGGGAACAAAACUCAGUCAUUGAAGAUAAAUUGUCGUGGAUGAACAAGGCAAUGGAUCGAGCAGAUAAAGUUCUUGUAAUAUGGUCUUAUAGAUCAGUAGAAUGUUGGAAUGAAAGCAAGACAUUUACUGACUUGGAUAUGUUCACUCCAAACCUAAGAAGGAUUCAAAGAGACCUGUGCUGUGAUAAAAAUGUGGGAAAGUACCUAUUUUGUUAUUUCGACUACUUUUCAAAGUUUGACAUUCCUAAACUUUUCUACGACAACCUUCCAUGCUGUCACUUCAGACUGAUGAAGCAGUUUGAAGAUUUAUAUUUCCAAAUAAAUGACAUUGAAAAGUACAACCCAGGAUCAGUUGUUCGAAAUGAACAAAUUGCUGAUUAUGCCAACCAAGAGCUUAAUCCUCAUGGCAAACUCUUAAAAGCCUCAGUAGAAGCUAUGUGUGACAUGGUAAAAGAAAAUCCCAACUGGUACACAGACGAUCAUGGUUGUUGUGAGGCUGGUGGUGGUGGGUUUGUUCAUCCUUCACAAAAACCCAUUAUAAUAAAAACUCCAAUUGAGAUUGUUCCACCACCUCCGUUGGACAAUUAUGACACUGGGUUUGAAGAUGGAUCCUUCUUACCUCCAACAGUCGCUCCUGAGAACAAUUUCAGUGAGGAUGGGGAACUGUCUAAACCUGAUGAUCAUAUUGAUUUAGACCCUAUUUCAUUUAUACCACCUCCAAAGUUAGUUCCUAUCAAUAGGAAUGUAAACGUUUGGAAAACACUUGGGGAUAUUAAUAAUAUAACCACUGCUUCACAUUACAGUGCAGAAAAUUCUUUUAUGCUUUAAUGCUUUAGCAUUUGUAAAAAGUUAUAUUUCCGAAGCUGUUUACUAAAUUGUUAAUUACUUGUGUUUUUUGGUAAAUUUGUUAACAAUAUUCAGUAUUUCUUAAUAAUAAUAUGCACUAUUUUUCUGUACACUUGUUUAUUUCUUCACUCGCCAUACUUGCUUUAAUGAUUUUUCUUAAAAUGUAGAGUUUAAUUGUUGACAGUUCUUCUAGUUUUUGUAUAUUAUGAUAAUUUUGUACUGUAUUUAAUUCUGUGGUAGCAACUAAUUAUUAUUUUUAAGAAAUUCAGUGCCACCAAGUUAGGUUUGUAGUUUCUAUGCUUUUUCACCCAUGAAUCUACACUCACAUACUACAAAGCAUGAGGCUUUCCAGAUGCUGUUAUACCUUCGGAGGUUUGCAUUACUGCAAGAGUUUUGACAGAUCAAACAAUGAAGAAAUAGGAAUAGCAAUUGAAAUAAAAUGAAUUUAUGCAAGAAGCCAGAUGGGGGGGAUCAGGUAGCCGUACAAAACAGGAACUACACUGCAUGUACCACUUCCUUGAAGAACCCUUAUACGAAAAUGCAAAAAUUAACCAACACUGCAGAAAAUCAACUACGGUACCUGUGUCACUUUUGAUCCUUCAUCACAGUAAGAACACAAUGUAUUGUGUGUUGAUUUGUCUUAUUAUAUUAAGAUUUUCAAAACCGCAUUAAACAGGCAAUAGCUGUACC